UUUACAUGAAUAUGUCAAUGAUGACAUUAUUAUACAAAAUGUCAAUUAUGACAAAAUCAUAAAUGGAUUCUUUAGAAUUUUAUCAAAAUUUACAGUAGAUAUUGUAUAUGUAUUAAACAUCCAAUAGAAUGUCUUCAGUUACGCGUUUAAAACCAUUAAAAACUAUACUAAGUGCUUCAAAACAGUUUAUCAACCAGUACGUCUCAAAAGCCAGUAUACACUUUACAUGUUCCUGUUCUAAACGAUUUCAGCCGGAACCCCAUGACAAAUUUUUCUUAGAACCAAAGUGUAAAGUUGCACUGAUAACAGGUGCCGAAGGAAUUGGUUUUGCAUGUGCCCAUCAGCUAUUACAAAACGGAGCUCGUGGUGUUGUUAUUUUGGGCGUUGAUCCAAUAAAAGGUAAGGAGGCUGCACUUUCCCUAAACUGUUCCUUCGGGAAAGGCCGAUCCAUUUUUAUAAAUUCCAACGUCAACUGUAUGGUUCAGUUCGAAGAAGCAUUCAGGGAAGCAAAACGGGAAUAUGGUGGUCUAGAUAUAGUAAUAAAUGCGGCGGGAAUAAUCGACGGGCAUCAAUGGGAACGUGAAGUAGUAACGAAUUUAAUUGGAACCAUAAGAGGAACACUUCUGGCAUACAAAUAUAUCAGUCGUGCAAAUUUUGGUGGGGGAGGUGUUAUAAUAAAUAUGUCGGGAGUAACUGGACUGGAACCCCUUUCGUCUGCACCUACCCUAUCAGCAGAACACCAUGCUAUCGUGGGCCUUUCGAGGAGUUUCGGGCAUGAAAUGCACAAUAAGAAAACGGGCGUCAGAGUGAUCUGCUUGUGUCCCGGCUUUACAAAAACUUCGUUCAUUAAACGAGUUAAAGAGAAAUCAAUGUGUGUCGAAUACGGACUUGCACUUGAAAAAGAAAUAGCAAGUGCUGCAAAGCAAAACCCUGAUGCCAUAGGGAAAGCUGCGGUUCAUGUAAUACGACAUGCAGAGUCUGGAUCGGUGUGGGUUGUGGAAGGAUCCAAAUUAUACCAAACAGAAAUACCACAGAGAACCAGUUAUAUGAAACUAGCUGCACAAUAUUACUAAAAUAUAGUAUUUCUGUAAUUGUAACACUUCGUCAACUCUCUUGAACUUUUCAAACUGUUUCGGUAUGUUAAAAGUACAAAU